AUGAGGGAGGAAAAGACAAACAAGAGCAUCCAGGAGAUCCGAAUCUCUGUCUGGAGAUUCGUCGAGAAAUUAAUCACCAUUUAUAAUCACAACCCCUCUGAGAUAGAAAACCUACUCGGGGACAACCUUCGGGAAUGGAUCAAGCUCAAGAAUUCUACUGGCGGUGCAUGUGAAGGAACUUCCCGGAGUAGGAAGAGCGCCCAGGCUAUGUCUGAUCUAUCAAGUGAGGCAGUUGAUUGUAAUGUUGAGAGGUUUCAGUCAUCGAGAAUGGGUAUGAGAGAUAAUGAAUAUUGUAAUUCCAUGAAUAAUACAAAACUUCGAUCCAGGAUUAGCAUUCGAAACAAUCGCACCAGUCAGCAAUACGCACAACCAAACCAGGAAGAAGAUUGCUCUAGUUCCGCCCAUGACUCUUAUUGUCACAACUUAGAGUCGACAGAUUCAGACGACAGUUCUGAAAGACACCAAAGCACUCACGUAAACGAAAAGCGCAGCAAUAAUCAAAAGGUUCACACCCAAAAAUACAGCACCAAUAACGGCCAUCAGCCGACAAAAGUGUCUAAAGACCCUGCCAAAAAUCUUGGUACUUGGGGGCUCGGUGUAACCGCAGAAAGCAAUUCCGCUGUCUGGAUCACCGGUCUUGAUCGUUCGCCGGGAUUUUGGAACGAUGUCCCAACCCCACCUGAGCUGCUUAAAAAAAAGAAGGUUGUUGUAGUCAACGAAUACGACUGCGCGAGGGUUGUGAAAUUGACUCGCUUGCCAAUCGAAAUCACAACAGCUAUGGUUGCCACUUUUGUCCGAGGCGGUAAAAUCGAUGAUAUACGUAUUAUCGACGCCGAGAAAAGCAAUAGUUUCAAGCAAGCCCUAAUUACCUUCUGCAACCCAGAAUCUGCUGCUAGCUUUUUCAAGUGGGUUCAAGAAUACCCCGGCAGCCUCGUGGUUGACGGUCUAAGAUGUCAUGGUGUGCUAGGAUUAACUGUCCAACCACCAGCAUAUGAUCGUGAGUCCAGGGUUCUGAUUCUAACGUGCUUGCCCGACGCAGUCAAUUCCAUCAAUAAACUCCACUCUUUCGUUAAAUCAACCGCACAGGACGACGAUGGGCACUCAUUUACCGUUCAGAAUCAGAAGCUUUACUUCAACGGUGGUGGAUUGAAGAGCUCGGCUUCAAUUACUUUCGAUUCGAUUGAAGGGGCAAUUUUUAUGAGAAUGAAAUGGGAGAUUGAAUGGGGAAUGAGCAUCGAGUGGGGCCGGGACGAGUGCGAGGAUAGGUUACUUGAAAUGGACCCGCAGAUGAAAAUCUUCUGGCUUACUCAACCCGAGCCAUCUGGCCAUCAGAAUUAA